CACUGCUUCAUUCACCGAAAUCACAACAAAUGCACAUGGCAGCCGGCGUAAAAGUGCUCGAAUAAAAAUAAUUGUACCCUACGCCGUGUUUGCAACUUUCCACCGUAGCAGUCUGCAGCCUUUCUUAAAUUCUUUCAACUGCAUUUCUUCGCUAUCAAGUUGUACGUUAAUCUGGGAAGAAGCUGCGGGAUUGCAGAUCCCUGUUGGCGCCUGUGUUCCUUCUAAUAUCCGCUUGAGGUGCAUUUACGAACACUUGUUCCCUUUUCUUUGCUGCAUUCUGUUGUCGAUAUGGACGUUGACGAGAGCCUGUUGACGGAGGAGGAAGGCAGCCCGCCUCACCCGCACACGGCUCCGUCGUCGCAGCCUGCAGUGAGUGCAGUGGCCCAGCAGGAGGCGCCCGCCAGAAAGCCCCGCGCUCCCCGACCGCCGUGGGGCAACGUGAAGCAUCCCGGCCUGGCCACGGUGUACCUGCCCCACCGCGCGCUGCUGCACCAGCAGAUUCGUCCGUCGCGCGUGCAGCUGCACCCCGCCGAGGACCAGGCCAGCACGGCCUGCGGUCCAUUCGGAUGGAAGGAGUUGUUUGAGGAGAUCCAGCGGAAGGCGGGCUUGCAGCGGGAGCUGAGCGCGAUGGUGGCCCGGAUCAUCCGCCAGGUGGACCAGACGCCGCCCUACAAGGUGCAGGCCAAGUGGGCGCCGCUGCACUACAUCGAUGCCUGCUGGAAAGGCAGCGCCCUGCAGCUGGAUCCACCGCCUGCUGGAAUUGAAAAUUCUGCCAAUCCGUCGCUUCAGCGGGGAUCCUCCGAGAAGGAAACAGCCCCUGGCCCGCAGGCCGACGAGGUUGCCAAUGUGGUUAACCGGGACGAAAAAGCAGUGGGCUUCAGUCUGGCGAAGGCCUUGCGUCGCGAAGCCGCGCUGCUCCACGAGCUGAAACAAGUCCUGCGAACGCGCCCGAUGGACGACGUCGACGUGUACCGACUGGCCACGCCGGCCGGUCAGGUGCGCGAGUACGUGCAGGCCUACCUGUACGAAGUGCUGCCGUACAGGAAGAUCUUCGGGGACAACUACAACUGGAAGAUCUUCUGCCGCGGCCUGCACGACUACUUGGCGCUGGGGCGCGCGGACGAGAUCUCCCUGCUGCACGUCAUCGCCGGGACGCGCUUCGACGCGAUUCCCUGGCUGAAGCAGACGGAUGCCGAGCGGAGUCAGCUGUUCUAUGCGGGUUUUGUCCUGUGGAUUUACCAGCGUCUCGUCAAUCCGCUGGUCAAUCGACUCUUCUACGUCACGCUGACCGACUUCCGCCGAAAUGAGUACGUGUUCUAUCGGCGGGAGAUCUGGACGGAUCUGGUGCAUGCUGCGGUGCGAGAACGGAUUGAUAAGCAGUUGUGGACGGUCAUGCUGAACCAGUCCAAGGAGGAGGAGGAUUUGCUGUUGAGCCGCUCGGUCGUUUAUCGGCCGCGAUUCUUGGCCAAGCCGAACGGGAUCCGACCGAUCAUGGUGUGUGAUCCACACCCGGCCGCAGAGGAGGGGAAGUUUCUUUCAUUGAAGACCGUGCGCCUUGUUGCGGACUUUUUGGCUGGCCGGUAUUCCGCGAAAGGCUGCGCUUGCCAGAGCGACAAGGACAUCCAGGCUGCCUGGCAGGAAUUGCGCGCUGAGCGGCUGCAGAAGCAGGACACCCGGCCGCUGCUCUUCCUCGCCUUCGACAUCUCCCGGGCCUACGAGAACGUGAAGAGCAGUGUCAUCCAAGGCUUCCUGGACCAGUUGAGUGGGUUGUGCGAGAGGGAUGGGAUCAGGGGCGUGCUGCUGUACGACUUGUUCCGGGCCCGUGCUGCCGCGGGAGAGCGCCGGAAGCCCUCCGCGAGAUUCCGUCUUAUUGUUCCUGGCGAGCCGAUUGAUGAGGGCUUUCGCCAUGUGAAGCCGCAGAUGAUGCCGGUGGAGCGUGCCUUUCGAGCUGUUGAUCAGCUGAUGAAACCAGCCAUUUUUAAGUUCAAGGGAAAAUGGUACCAAUUUAAUUCUGGCGUUGCUCAAGGCGCUCCCGCAUCCGCUUGGCUGCUGAACGUGUAUCUGAGUGCGCUGGAGCGAGAGACGGGUUUCCGUGCCAGGGAGGACGAGAUGCUGGUGCGCUUCUUCGACGACGUCCUCUUUGUGACGCCGUGUCCGGAGCGUCUCCAGUCAUUCGCCCGAACGUACGCCAUCCUCUACGCGAAGCAUGGCUUAAAGGUAGCGCCGCGGAAGACGCAGACCAACUUUGUCACGUCGGAUUGUCGGGAGGCGCCAAGUCUGCUGCAUGGCGGUUGUACCCAGGAAGGCCAGAGCGUUAUGUCUUGGUACGGCUGGCUGUGGGAUUUGGCCGGAAUGGGCGUCAGCGUCGACAUCGGGCGUUUCGCCGCCCUGGGCGUCAGCUACACGGUGCCGGUGCUGGAGACGUACUGCGCGCGCGUCCGCACAGCCCUCGUGGCGUCGGUGCGCGGCAAAUUCUGCUCGGUGAUGCUGGACCUGGCCAGCUGCCCGCGGGCGGGCGUCGUGCAGAACAUUUACCAUCUGUUCCUGCUGGCCGGAGUGCGGAUGCUGGCCUACUGGCAGCGGAUGCAGCGAAUUGCCCGCAGUCGGCGCCAGGUGCGAGUGCUGUUGGAGGAGGUGGGCAGGGCGCUGAUCCAGUCGGUGGUGAAGCAGCUGGUCCCGCAGGCGGCCAUGGGAGGGCUGCUGGAGUUCCGGGUGGAGGGCCUGGCGUGGAUCGCCUUCGCGCAGGUGCUGGGCAGCGACGUCAGCGGGACGGUGUUGUCGCGCGGCUGCAAGCGCGCCAUUCGCGGCGGUUGCGCGAGCCGACUGAAGCAGAUGCCCGUGUACGAUGCGGUGGAUACGUGGGGCAUUCGGGAGCUCGCGGAGGAUCCGCCGCGGAAGUGGCCGGAGGAGUUCGCCCGGGUGACGGGGAUCGUGUUCGGGAGGGGAUGAUUCCCGCGCAUUGUUUUGGAUUUGUUGGUUUGAUGGUUAGCAGCGAUGUGCGAUUCACUCGCAUUACCGAUAUGGGCUGGAAUGGGUAGCACAUUCUGCUUUUGUGCAGUGAUACUGUGUUUUGUUGUGAUUACAUUUUGACGACUUCCGUUUACAGUUAAAUAGCAACUUGUAGCGGUGUUUUUUUGCCGGAGGAUUCGCGAAUAAGGUUACGAGAAGGAUAGAGAGGCUGCGCUUCGUGGUGGGCACUGACAGUACUCGUAUGUUUAUCUGCAGCGGUUAGAUGAUUCCGCCCAGUUAGUUAAUUCAGCGAACUUGAACGCGAAAAAACGCGUUCAACUUGUUGAGACGAGAUGUACUAUUACGGGCUGUCCAUGAACAUUUUCCUGCUUAUUACGGCUAUUUUUGGCAGUCAUACCGUUUCAGCAGUCAUCUGGUUUGCGGAGAAGAAACCUUGUCGUCCGCCCGGGGAGUGCAACAAGGUGACCCGUCAGGCCCUUUUGGCUAUAGCCUAGCCACGCUACCACUAUUUACCGACCUGGAUUGUGAAUUGUUUUGGCGUUUCUUGAUGAUGUCACAUUAGCGGGAACCGUGGAAAAGGUAAUGGCGGCCAUUAGGCGAAUUCAAGAACGAGCGGCAAAGCUGGGCAUGGCAAGUGCGAAUUCUUCCCAGUUGUGACGAAUGAAGAAGAUGAAUCAUUUAUUCGCACAUGCCUGCUGAGCAACUGG